AUGCUUGGACUCCCCUCACCCCGCAAGCUGCUCGCACAGCUGAGCCUGGGCGCUAGCCUUGUUGCGGCUCAGCUCCAGACCAUCAAUAACUUUGGAAACACCUAUGGCACGCAGCUAAUCAUGCAGGCCUACAUCCCCAGCAACCUCCCUUCCAGUCCAGCAGUCAUGCUCGCCCUGCACGCCUGUGGUGGAAACGGACCAGGCUACUUCCAGCAGACCAAGUACAAGUCCCUCGCCGAUCAGAAGGGCGUCAUCCUCAUCUUCCCCUCAUCGCAAAAGGACUUUAACUGCUGGGAUGUCGCCAGCACCAAGACGCUCAAGCACGAUGGUCAGGGCGACAGCCAAGUUCUCGUCAGCAUGGUCGACUAUAUCAUCAACACAUACAGAGCCGACCGCAACAAGGUUUACGUCACCGGUACCAGCUCCGGAUGCAUGAUGACCAAUGUUCUCGCGGCUACGUACCCAGACCGUUUCGCCGCUGCGACAUGCUACUCUGGCGUUGCUGCCGGAUGCAUGGCUGGAUCUCCUGGAUCGAGCCCCAUUAGUUCUGACCGUGUCUGCUCCGACGGGAAGAUCAUCAAGACGGGACAGCAGUGGGCUGAUCAGGUCAAGUCGAUGUAUCCCGGCUACAGCGGGGCGUACCCUCGGUUCAAGACCUGGCACGGCACCGCGGAUAAUCUUGUCUAUUACAGAAACCUUCUUGAGCAGAUUAAGGAGUGGUCCACGAUUCAGGGUGUUUCUUUCUCGCGCAACGAGACUAACACUCCUCAGUCUGGCUAUACCACCAUGAUUUACGGGGACGGAACCAAGUUUGUUGCUGUAUCCGCUGCUGGAGUCGGACAUGUCGUACCUACUCACGAGGAUCUUGACUUCAAGUGGUUCGGUCUUUCCUAA